UUGCGUUUAUUCCAAGUGGAGAACGAAUGACACAAGCUACAUUUCACCCUCUGGAGAUCAGAUGACUGAAGUGUGUAACAGAUGCUGAAGACUGAAGUGGUUGAUCCUGGAUCUGUGCUGUUUGGUGUGCAGAAGUGGAGGAGCGCUUGGUGAACUAUUUACUCUCCCCUGACCGGUACAAUAAGCUGAUCCGACCGGCGGUCAACAAAAGCCAACAGGUCACCAUUGCAAUCCAAGUGUCCCUUGCUCAGCUUAUCAGUGUGAAUGAGAGAGAGCAGAUCAUGACCACCAACUGUUGGCUUACUCAGGUAUGGAAUGAUUACCGGUUGAUGUGGGAUCCAGAGGAGUAUGAAGGGAUGAGGAAAGUUCGCCUUCCCUCUCAACAUAUAUGGCUGCCUGACAUCGUCCUGUACAACAAUGCUGAUGGGACAUAUGAGGUGUCUUUCUACUCCAAUGCGGUCGUGUCAAAUAACGGUGAGGUUGCCUGGCUUCCACCGGCCAUUUAUAAGAGUGCCUGUAAAAUCGAGGUCCGGGACUUUCCUUUUGACCAGCAAAACUGCACGCUCAAGUUCCGCUCUUGGACGUACGACCACACAGAAAUAGACCUCAUAUUACUGUCAGACUUCGCCAGUCGAGACGACUUCAAGCCGAGUGGCGAAUGGGACAUCAUCUCCUUGCCUGGACGCAAAAACGAAGACCCAAAUGACGUCACGUAUUUGGAUAUAACCUACGAUUUCAUCAUCAGACGCAAGCCACUGUUUUACACCAUUAACCUGAUCAUCCCUUGUGUCCUCAUCACCUCAUUGGCCAUCUUGGUUUUUUAUCUCCCGUCAGACUGUGGGGAGAAAAUCACAUUGUGUAUUUCGGUUCUUCUGGCCUUGACUGUGUUUCUCCUACUGAUCUCUAAAAUCGUACCCCCCACAUCACUCGCUGUUCCCCUCAUCGGAAAGUAUUUAAUGUUCACAAUGGUGUUAGUGACUUUUUCUAUCGUUACGAGUGUGUGUGUGCUGAACGUGCACCAUCGAUCUCCAAGCACACACUCUAUGCCCAAAUGGGUGAAGUACUACUUUCUGGUGCGUUUGCCUGCUUUUCUUUUCAUGCGACGGCCGGGAGAGUCCAACAAACGGGAUCGGUUUCGCAGGAAGCACCAGCAGUGCUCUUCGUCUGAUGUCCCAGUGAAGAGCGAGGCUGAUGAGGGUGAUUCCACCUUCUUCGUGAACGAGGAUUCAGCCAAUCACAUUGGAUGGAGAGCAGGAGAGCUGCAGGAGAACAGCGAGUUUCGCAAGCGGAUGGCGGUGAAGUGCUCAACGGACAUGGAGGAGGCUGUGAAGGGGGUGAGAUACAUCGCUGACAAGAUGAAGAACGAGGAUGAUGACGAAGGGAUUAUCGAGGACUGGAAGUAUGUGGCUAUGGUGAUCGACCGUCUGUUCCUGUGGAUCUUUGUUUUAGUGUGUGUUGCAGGAACCAUCGGCCUCUUCAUGCAGCCGCUCUUCAAGAGUUAUAACACACCGGCCACUGAGGAUUUGUAGAUCACAUAAACUCAGAUCAGCUUCAACCCAACCCACAUAACGGUUUCAUUUCAAUGCCCACCGAACACCCCAGUCUUACCAUGUACUCAACAUUACAACCAGCUUAUUUCAAUAAAUAUUGUAGCAAAAAAGACCCCAACAAUGGACCUGGCGCAUUUCAUAAAGCGUUAAGCACUGUGGACGACUCAAAUCACACUGACACAAACUUCUUGGAUGCCGAUGAGUCAGAGCACAAUACAGGACACAGUCUGAAUAUUUAGCUGACCCCAACACUGACCCGAACCCUUCAGAGCUGUCAUUCAUUCUCAACAUUCAGCCCUGAAGGCCUCAACAUUCUCCAGCCUCUCACAAUAUAAAGCCCCAAAAUCCCACAAUGACCUCAAACCAACACGAAACUAAAACAUACUGCAAACAUGUGUGUGUAAAGGAUACUUAUGCAGGCUUUUACAUAGAGAACACUUAAAUUGGAGCAACUUUCUGGUAAACUACCAUUUAGAGAUCUUGAUUUAGAGAUGCAAUGGUAAUAAAAAGAAUCUUACUGGUAAAAAGACAGAAAGCCAUCACUUGUGUGACAAUACGAUUUCUGCAAAAGUAAUUUUAGGAUAAUUUUAUGGUAAAUUAUGAGACUGCUGUGUGAAACAGACCUAUAGCGUGUUUUAACUAAUGUACUGACUAUAACAAUGUCAACCAAACAUCAAGAUCAAUGUGGCCGCUUACUUUUAAGUGAAAUAAAAGUUGUUUACUGGAAUACACAUAUUACAGUUUAACUUACUGUACCCACACAUGUAUACACUACCUGACAAAAGUCUUCUCGACAGUUGUAAGAGCAAAAGAUAAUAACUUGACCUCUAGUUUAUAAUUGGAAAAGUAGCAGAAGGUAGAUUUUUUUUCCAAUGAAUCAUCUGUUGAACUGCAUCCCAAUCAUUACAAAUACUGCAGAAGACCUAUUGGAAUGCACAUGGACCCAAGAUUCUCACAGAAAUCAAUUUGGUGAAGGAAAAAUCAUGGUUUUGGGUUACAUUCAGUAUGGGGGUAUGCGAAUGGAUGGCAACAUCAACAGCCUGAGGUAUCAAGACAUUUGUGCUGCCUAUUACAUUACAAACCACAGCAGAGGGCAAAUUCUUCAGCAGGAUAGCGCUAUUUCUCAUACUUCAGCCUCCACAUCAAAGUUCCUAAGAGCAAAGAAGGUCAAGGUGCUCCAGGAUAGGCCAGCCCAGUCACCAGAAAUGAACAUUAUUGAGCAUGUCUGGGGUAAGAUGGAGGAGGCAUAGAAGAUGAAUCCAAAGAAUCUUGAUGAACUCUGGGAGUCCUGCAAGAACGCUUUCUUUGACAUUCCAGAUGACUUUAUUAAUAAGUUAUUUGAGUCAUUGCAGAGAUGUCUGGUUGCAGUCCUCCAAGCUCAUGGGAGUCAUACACAAUAUUAUUGCUUUUUCCACUGCAGCAUGACUUUAUAUUCUAUACUGUACAUUAUUGCAGUUAAGUGACAAAACUUUUGUCUAAGCAAAGUCAGACCUUACUGUCCUAAUUAAUUGAUUAAAAAUCAAGGCAUGAUCAUGUUUUAUUUUGGUAAAAUAAGCGUAAUCUAGAGGCCUUUGCCUUAAAUAUAAGCCACUUCUGAUACCAAAUGAUCAACUACAAGUCAAGUUAUUGUUUGUUGUUCCUAAAACUUGGAUAGGUGACAAGACUUUGGUCAGGUAUUGUAUACUGUUCUUUAAUACAAACUUCACAUUUUCCCUUAUUAUACUGUUAAGUUGGUUCAAACAUAACAUA